GAGAAUUUCAGAGAUCUAUAUCAAGGAGCUGGAUUUUAGGGUUCUCCCAUAAUUUCCCUCAUUACUGCCAGACUGUUUUCCAGAUUGACAGCCACAGGCUACUCACACCAGCUCGACAGCUCCAUAUUCUCCACCGACAUUUGGCAUUAUUCAGCUUUCUAAUUUUUGCCAGUCUUAAUGGGUGUAAGUGAUAAUCUCAUUGUCAUCUUUCUGAACACUGAAAAAUCUCUUCAUAUGCUUGCAGAGCUGCUGAGGUUGUGGUUCCUUAAACGCCAGCUCACAUCCUGAGGUUUGACUUUCUGCGCCUGAGGCGGCGGGCCCAAGGCUCAUCCCUCCGCCCCGAGUCCUGAGAGGCGCGAGGAGGUGCUUCCUCUGGAGAGGCAGCUCCACGAGGCCGCCCGCCAGAACAACGUCAGCAGGAUGCAGGAGCUGAUUGGGAGGAGGGUUAACACCAGGGCCAGAAACCACGUGGGCAGGGUGGCCCUGCACUGGGCUGCAGGUGCAGGGCACGAGCAGGCUGUGCGUCUGCUUCUGGAGCACGAGGCUGCUGUGGACGAGGAGGAUGCGUUUGGGAUGAACGCGCUUCUCCUGUCUGCCUGGUUCGGCCACUUACGAAUCCUCCAGAUCCUGGUAAACUCGGGGGCCAAGAUCCACUGUAAGAACAAGGAUGGCCUGACCUUACUGCACUGCGCAGCCCAAAAAGGCCAUGUGCCUGUGCUGGCGUUCAUAAUGGAGGACCUGGAGGAUGUGGCCCUGGACCACGUAGACAAGCUGGGGAGGACGGCGUUUCACCGGGCAGCUGAGCACGGGCAGCUGGAUGCUCUGGAUUUCCUCGUGGGCUCUGGCUGUGACCACAGUGUCAAAGACAAGGAGGGGAACACGGCCCUUCAUCUGGCUGCUGGUCGGGGCCAUAUGGCUGUGCUGCAGCGACUUGUGGACAUCGGGCUGGACCUGGAGGAGCAGAAUGCGGAAGGUCUGACUGCCCUGCAUGUGGCUGCUGGAGGGACCCACCCUGACUGUGUGCGGCUUCUCCUCAGGGCUGGGAGCACCGUGAAUGCGCUCACCCAGAAAAACCUGAGCUGCCUUCACUAUGCAGCCCUCAGUGGCUCGGAGGAUGUGUCUCGGGUCCUCAUCCACGCAGGAGGCUGCACCAACGUGGCUGAUCAUCAGGGUGCCUCUCCUCUGCACCUCGCUGUGAGGCACAACUUCCCUGCCUUGGUCCAGCUCCUCAUCAACUCUGACAGUGACUUGAAUGCCAUGGACAAUAGGCAGCAGACACCCCUUCACCUGGCUGCAGAGCACGCCUGGCAGGACAUAGCAGAGAUGCUCCUCAUUGCUGGGGUUGACUUAAACCUGAGAGAUAAGCAGGGAAAAACCGCCCUGGCAGUGGCCACCCGCAGCAACCAUGUCAGCCUGGUGGACAUGAUCAUAAAAGCUGAUCGUUUCUACAGAUGGGAGAAGGACCACCUUUCAUGCAGGGACCUCAGUGACCCCUCUGGGAAGAGCUUGUCCUUUAAGCAGGACCAUCGGCAGGAAACACAGCAGCUCCGUUCUGUGCUGUGGCGGCUGGCCUCCAGGCAUCUGCAGCCCCGUGAGUGGAAGAAGCUGGCAUAUUCCUGGGAUUUCACGGAGGCGCAUGUCUAUGCCAUCGAACAACAGUGGACAGGCACCAAGAGCUAUCAGGAGCACGGCCACCGAAUGCUGCUCAUUUGGCUGCAUGGCGUGUCCACAGCUGGUGAGAACCCCAGCAAAGCACUGUUCGAGGGCCUUGUGACCAUUGGCAGGAGGGACCUGGCUGAAAACAUCAGGAAGAAAGCAAACGCAGCCCCAAGUGCCCCCAGGAGGUGCACAGCCAUGUAACCGGGGGGGCCAGACCUUCAGGCACAUGGGACCUCAGCAUGUGGAGCCACCUGAACAGAAGAUGACCAUCAUUUAAGGGCUUUUUAAAAAAUCACUGUUAAUGGACCUCCGACUGAUUCUACUGAAAUGCACGGUCAUGCAGAGCCCAGCAGGCAAAUGUUUGUACAAUGAUCUUUUUCAUGAGGAUGGGUCCAAGGGCCUGUUUCAGGUUUUGUGGGUAAUCCUGUCCCACAGGUAUGGUCCUUUGGAGCUCUUGGAGUUCUUGGCACACUUUCUUCUUCUUCUUCUUUUUUUUUUCUUUUGAGACAGAGUCUCACUCUGUCGCCAGGCUGGAGUGCAGUGGUGCGAUCUUGGCUCACUACAACCCCCGCCUCCCAGGUUCACGCCAUUCUUCUGCCUCAGCCUCCCGAGUAGCUGGGACUACAGGCGCCCACCACCACACCCGGCUAAUUUUUUUGUAUUUUUAGUAGAGACGGGGUUUCACCGUGUUAGCCAGGAUGGUCUCGAUCUCCUGACCUCGUGAUCUUCCCCAGGGAUGGGGCGUUCCAUCUUCUGCCCUGUCCGGGAGAGUAGCCGCUUGCCACCUGAGGCUGUCGUGCACCUGAAAUGUUGGCUAGAGGGACUGAGAAGCUGAAAUUUCUUAUUUCUCAUUAUUUGAAAUUGUAGGCACCCAUGGCAAGUGGCAUCCAUGGUGCUUGGCUUUGAGGUGCCAGGCAAGCACAGCUUGUUGUGGGGCUCGGCUACACCAGCAGGGGGAUGUGUUUCUGGGGAAAUGUGGCUCUGGAAGCUUCACGGUUUCCUAGAAUGUGGAAAAUAUAUCUGCGCAGGAUAGAAAUCCUGCCCAGAGGCUGUUUCUGUCUCAUUUGAGCUCUCUUUCAUGUGGCAGAGCUGGCUGUGGCCAGUUUAGGAGCCUACAUUUGAGAAAAGCUUACCUCAAAGUUCUGCAUUGAGCCUGAGACUGGAAAGGAGAUAGAAUAAAACAGCUGACAGGGGCUUUGGCGGUCACACAUGCCUGAUGGGGUGCACAGGGCCACCGUCUCUGAAAGGUAAUUUGGCAUUAUCUGUCCACAAUAUACUUUUAUCCAUUGGUCCAACAAUCCUAGUCCUAGGAAUUUGUCCUACAUAUAAACCUGUAUGCAUACAAAAUGACAGACAUACAAGGUUAUUACUUUGAAAAAGCAAAAGAUUGGAAACAAACCAAGUGACUGGCUACAGGGGACUGGUGAAAUAGAAUAUGUUCCAUCCACACAAUGGAAUUCUGUUCAGCAGUAAAAGGAUGUUGUUGUUAUGGAAAGAGCUCCAGGAUAAAUUAAAUGGAAAAAAAAAAACACCAAGAUACAGGUACAUUAAACAGAAGGAAAUUGGUUCAGAGGA